AUGCAAACGCCUCCAUGUCUUGUAGGGGUGACUGGAAUACAAAAUCCUGUAAAUGAUGCGCAAACCAUUAGCACAAACCUUACACCACAAACUAUAACAUGUUAUGGUAUCUCCAAUUUACAUGUGAACAUAAAUAAAAACCCAAAUGAUUCACACUCUGAAUUAAGACCUAUUCUUCCUUCUUUAGAUACAUUCCAAUCAACGCCAAGUUCAAUAAAAGAAAUUCAAAUUGAACAAUAUCCUACGGUUCCUCCAGUUCAAAACAGUGAGAAUGAGCAAAAAAUUGUACAAACAAAUAAAGAUGAAAAUAAACCAAAAAAUGAGGUGGUAGAAACUAUUAAAGAAGAAGAAGUUAGCUAUGAGCAUCUUGAGGAAAAUAUAAUAAAUACAGAACAAAAAGAAACUGAUACAACGAAAAAAUUAAUAAAAAAAAUAACAAAAAGAAAAAAGAAGGUAACAAAGAAGGAUAGUCAAGAGUGUAAAGAACAGAACAACAACCAUAUAAUAAAUGAAGAACAAAACGAAUGUAGUACAGAAGACACAACUAAGACAAAGAAAAUAACUAAAAAAAGAAUUGUAAAAGCAAAAACUACUCAAAAAGAAGGAAAGGAAGAAGAGAAAGAAUUAAAUGAAAUGAAAGAUAAUACUGAAACAAAAACAAGCAAAGAAAAAAAAAGGUCAAAGAAGAUAGUAAAAAAAGAAGAUAAAAAAGAGGUUCAAAAGAUGGAUGAAGUUUGUGUAAGUAAACAAGAAGAAACAAAAACAAAUGAAAUAAAAAAAGAAUUACAUAAUCCUAAUGAUGAAGAAAUUGUAGAAAAAGUAGUUCAAGAAAAUAUAGAAAAAAAGAAAGAACUGCUAAAAGAAGAGAUUAAACUACUAGAAGUAGAUGAAACAGCAAAAAGAAUUAAAGAAACAAUAGAAAAUGAGUCUCAGAAGAAAAAACGAAUUACUCCACAAAUUGUAGAUCCAAAAGAGGUACAAACAACUGAAGAAGAAAAUAAGAAAGAAGAAGAAAAUACGUCAAAAGAGAUUAAGUCAAUCGAACCUAUGGAAGAAGAAAUUCAGGACCUAGAUAUUGCACAAAGACUUGAUUCUAGAAUGUUUUCUAUUGAUAUAGAAAUAGGAAAAGACAAACAAAUUCAUGUUGACAAAGAAUUUAAGAAGUGGUUAGAACAACAAAAUAUUAGUAUGUAUGGAGAAGGGUGGGCAGCCAAAUUUAAGGAAGAAAAUGAUGAAGUAGAUGUAAAAGGUAUUGAAAAUGAAGAAGAGGAAGAAGAAGAUUCAGAAACUAUUGAUACUAAUAAAGAAGAUAUUAUUGGCGAAGAAGAGGAUUUUGAAGAAACCUGGAAAAGAGCUGAAGAACGAAAAGGUCGAAGAGAAAAUCCAUAUACAUCAGUUAUUGGUAAGUUACAACAAAAGCUUUUUGUUCAAAAAAAGUCAACAAGGGGAUAUGGUUAUGAUUUGGCAGACAAUUUUAUUGAUGAUGGAUAUGAUUAUUCAUUGCCUCGAUGUACUGUUCGUCCUGAAAUUCGUAUUGAAAAUGCUGAAAAAGUUCAACGGUUAACAGCCAAGAGGCAAGCACUUAAAUUAAAGAAGGUUGAAGAAAAAGAAGAAAAAACUAAUGAAGAACAAGAAAAAGGGACACCAAACAAUGAAAAUAAAAGCGAAGACAAAGAAGAAAUAACUGAUUCUCAAGAUAAAAAAAGAAAGGGUAAAAAACCACUACAUAAAGAAGAAAAGGAGUAA